CAACCACCCAUCCUUAUUCCACUGCUCAAAAUCAGCACCACCCCAAUUAAUAACUCCACACCUCCCUUUGAUCUUUUCAACCGCCCCUCACCCACACAAAGAUCAAUAUCACAGCCCGUGCAGCUCCAACCCUCUCUCUUUCCACCCCACAACAACCCAAAUUUCCCUUCUUUUUCUCUCACUGCGAAACUGAAAGAGAGAGAGAGAGAGAGAGAGAGAGCUGAGACUUGUAGGGCUAAAAAAGGAAGCACUUCUCUACACAGCUAUGGCUGCCUGUGGGAGCCUCCAACACAUCUUCGACAACACAUUACCCGAUAACCAGUCUAUUCUUGAAUCUCUUUCCUCAUGGAAGAACCACCACCACCACCACCAUCAUCCAAUCAUACCCUCGCACAGCAAGGAUGACAGCGGCAAACACCACCCCAUUGAUCAUCACCAAGCCUCCUCAUGCACUGAGAUAUUUGGCGAACUCCACUUCAAGGAACAAGAUCCCGAACCAUCGCUGCCAUCGACGAUGGAGUUGGGGAACAACAGCAACGGCGAGGAGAACGCAAAGAGCCCUUCUUCGAUGAGCUCUCGGCGCGGCAGCGGACACGGGCAACACAGGAGCAGCGAGAGCUUCUCAUCGAUGAACUCGGAGAGCCUGCAGCUGUGCACGGAGGGGCUAGGGUUCGAGAGCUUCGGUGACGUAGAGGACUACAAGCUGGCCGAAGCGUGGCAGGCCAAGGAAGAGAAAGAAAGGGCCAGUACCUGUAUGACCAGGAGGAACUUCUACUCAUCUCCAUCGUCGUUCAAGCAUGGUCCUCAGUAUUAUCCUCAUAAUCAUCAUCAUCACCUCCGCGAGUUUCGGAGAUCGAGAUCGAUAGGGAGCGGGUUCCCGCCCCCGAUAUCGAGCUUGAGCAUGAAUGGGAAGCCCUGGGUGUGCUUCAAGUCGUAUCGCAACGACGGGCGAUUCGUGUUGAAGGAGAUCAGGUUCCCGACGCAGGAGUUCCUUCACGCGUCGAGGGAAGGCGGGCGCCUGACGUUGCAGUUCGUCCAUCCGGGCGACGAGAUCGAACAAGACGAAGGGCUUCUUGAAGACGGCAAUGACGAAGAAGACGACGAAGACGGAGAGAGAGAAGAUGGCGGGCGCGGCGGCGAGAACGUCCGCGGCGACGUCGAAGAACACGAGAAGGAAGAGAAGCGCGAGGAAGCAUGCAGAGUGGACGUCGGUCUCGGCGGCGAUUCACGAUAAAAACCAGUUAAAAAGUUGCGUUCUUUAGCCUCCCUUUGCUCUUUUUCUUUCUUGGGUCACGUUGUUGUAGUUUCAAGUUCUUGAAGAUUUCCAUCUGGGGAAAAACGAAAACGGAAAGCGAGGGAAAAAAUGCUGAAACUCUGGCCUCCUGCUAAGCCACUGCCGAAGUAAUGAAUAACACCCCCUUCAUUUCUCCCUUGGGUUUCUGAUCUUCUCUGCGAGUUAUCUCUCUUCCUCUCUGUUUGAUCAAUCUUUUUACUCAUUUGAAAGUCUUGAUGGGUGAAACGUUAUGCAAGAAAAUCAUGGCUAGCGCCUCCAUUGAUGCAAGAAGAAGAAGCGAGAGAAGAGACCCGAUGAUUCUACCCAAUAAUUCACAGAGGAAUUCCAGAACACUCAGCUUUCGCUGCUGUUACGUCGAGGGGCCUGUUUUUGGACAUGCGUGCGAACAAUCGGCCAUAAUAAUUACAGGGAAUGAAUGAUGAGCGAACUCCCAUUCAGCAGUCGUAAUCAAAAAGACAGGGACACCGGGGGGGAAUCUCGCGGGGGAAGUUUCGCCUAAAUCCAAGAGGGAGAAUAACUCCGAAUCUGUGCGCCAAAAAUUCGCCUUGGAACCAAGAUCGCAGAAGCCAGUGGCCCCCUGCUCAUCAUUCGAUGAAGCAAGUGUUUUCUGAAUCAAGAUUUGGGGAAAUUCUCUGUUCUUCAAUCUUUUUGGGCGAGACCCAUGUGCCCGUUUUAACUUUGAUAUGGAAGAACUAGGACAGGAUGCAAUCCAGUGUCCAAGCUGGAUUUCCAUAGGAAAGCAAAGGCGAUUAAGGAAUUUCUACAGCAGAAGUGCUGCACCCCACCAUCAUGAAGUUUUUGCUCUUUUGCUCACGUCGUGCGAUCGAUUGACGGGAACCUUUUGCGGGCCACCAAUUUGUCUGUGCCCCUCUCUCUCUCUCUCUCUCUCUCUCUCUCUUGAUAGUUUCCAAGUUAAGCAAUUUUGACAUUGACCCACGUGACUAGUCAGCACUUCGAAUUUACUAAAUCUUACCGAUCCAAAUUAGAGCGGCUUCUCAGGAUUAAGUUAUAGAUUUGGGUUGCCAACUUUUAUUUGAGUUAACGAAAAUGACAUUAGAAGUGUCGUAAUUUUCGUACUCAUUUCAGUACUAGGACUUUUCGAGCCAUCACUAGAAUGUUAGAGUGUCACAUUUACAACAAAAAAAAAACUAUAAUUUAAGUGUCUCCGGUAACAAAUUCGAGCUAUUUGUCCUACGUGACUAUUUUAUUAGUUUUUUUUAUCUCCGAUGUGGCAAUUUUAAAAAUAUUUGCAGUUUAAGUGGAGAAAAUCCCUCGGUCAAAUCCCCGUUGAAAACUGCCAUACCCCUUCCUCUUCUUCUUUAGGUUUGCCUUCGUCUUCUUCAUCUUCGUUCAUGUUCAUCUUCAUCUUUUUAGCCAACAAUUUUUACAUUUUUCUUCUUUUUAUUCUGUAAUCAUUUUCUUAACCACCGUGUAGUCGUGAAGCCACCCAAUAGCUGUUGUUUACCACAUUUCUUUUUGUUUGAAUUACCAACUUUUCUUCUCUUUUUACCGACCGUUAUUUACCUUCUCUAAUUACGUCUUAAGUUUAUCAACCUUGAUAUGAAUUCAAUAAAUUCAUUUUUAAACGAUCUAUAUAAAUUUUCCUAAAUUAAGUUAUUAAUUAAUUAUAGUUACCAACUUGUUUUUUUUUUUUUUUCUACAAAGCAAGUUUUCCUUUGUCGGCGUCACAACUUGAGCGACAACUUGAGUCCGCACUCACGUUCGAAGCUGGACACGUCGUCGCCACGUGUCGACGCAGCAGCAUCGCCAUUCGCCAGAUGAUGACCCACCCCCCCUUCUUCCUUCGGUCAUGCGUCAUGCUCAACCCUUUCUUUGCUCGCUUUCGCAUGUUCUUAGUCCCUUUCGGCGAUUCGAUCGAGCGCCAAGCCAUGUCGAACGCAGAGGACAUCGACUCGACCUACGAGCGCCUCGACGAGGCGUUUCCGGCGCCGGAAGCCGACGGAGUGGCGGGGCCGGUCUCCAAGCCCCCGGAGUACGUCACGUCCAAGCAGCUCAAGGAAGGAGCGGACGAAGCGUGGAAUAAAGCGGGGAACGAGGAGAGCAAAGGGAGGAAGGGUAGAGAUUCGGCGCCGGAGAGCUUGAGCUCGAUGAUCGUGUUCUCCGCGGCAGUCGUGGCGGUGGUCGGAGCGGUAA